AUGGAUGCCGCUACGUCCUUUUUGUCGGAGGCCUUCUGGGAGGCGCAGCGAGGAGGUGAGCUGGUCGCGGAGGGGCCCCCAGUCCACUGCCGGGCGCCGUCGCAGCAGCAGCAGCAGCAACCUCCGCGGCCACACGUCACAGAUAGCAGCUGGGCUCACAGCUACUCGGCGCGUCCCGGAGAAAAAGCAGUCAUGGAGAUCGGGGUGCGGCUGAUCGGCCUGCUGCAGCUGCUGUUGCGGUUUAUGUUGCGGCCCCUGCAGUACCUGCGUUCCCUGAGGCCGGCUCCGCGCCUGCCGCCCAUACAGAGCCGCCUGCUCUUCCACAGCGCCUCGCAGCUAGCAAAGCUCAUCCGCACACAGCAGGUGAGCAGCGAGGAAGUGGUGCGGGCGUACGUGGAGCGUAUCCGCGCGGUCAACCCUUUUCUGAACGCGUUGGUGGAGGAGCGCUUUGAGGCGGCUGUGGAGGAGGCGCGGGAGGCGGACCGCCUGGUAGCCCAGCGCGGUGCCGCAGGCGACCUGCACAAGCUGCCGCCGCUGCACGGAGUGCCCUUCACCGUCAAGGAGAGCUGCACACUCAAAGGAAUGAGCUGCUGUGUUGGUUCUGUCCCAAGAAAAGGUAUGAAGGCAGACAAAGAUGGACAGGUGGUUGCUCUAAUGAAAAAGGCUGGAGCUAUUCCAUUAGCAGUAACAGCCACACCAGAACUAUGCCUUAGUUGGGAAACAAAUAAUCUCAUCACAGGAAAAACAUGUAAUCCAUAUGAUCUUCUCAGAACCAGUGGUGGAUCUUCUGGGGGAGAGGCUGCUCUGUUAGGAGCUGGAGCAUCUGUUAUAGGUGUUGCUUCUGAUAUUGCUGGCUCUAUCCGCAUACCUGCUAUGUACAAUGGAAUUUUUGGCCACAAACCUACUCCAGGGUAUAUAUCAAUUGAAGGACAUUAUCCAAGUGCUACUAGUGAUGAGUUCAAGCACUACCUAACUGUGGGGCCACUUACACGUUAUUCUGAAGAUUUGAAACCAGUGUUAAAAGUAAUGGCUGGUGAGAAAGCAUCUGGUCUUAGACUAGAUGAGGAAGUUAACAUGAAGGAUUUAAGAGUCAUUUAUAUGGAAGAGGCAGGAUUCUCAUAUGUUAUAUUACAUUUAGACAAUGAGAUCAGAAAAGUAUUACAAAAAGCUGUUAAUUUUUUGCACAAGAAAUUUGACAUACCUGUUCAGAAGGGGAAUAUUGAAGAAAUGUCAGACUCUGUAGAAAUGAGUGCAGCUGUUUUCUUUGGAAUGCCAGGAAUACCAAAUUUAUUGCAAAAUGAAGAAAAUCCAAAGGAGAGCCAUAAUCUAUUUGUGGAAAUACUGAAGUCAAUAUUUGGUAUUUCAAAGUACUCGCCAGCAGCACUGGCCUUCUAUUUGUUGAAGGAAAUGAAUGUGUUAAUACCACGUUACAAAUACAACGAUUACUGUGCUCAGAGAAAUGCUUUAAGGAAGAAAUUUGUGGAUAUUUUAGGAGACAGUGGGGUAUUUAUAUACCCAACCCACCCAACAGCAGCCAUAUACCACAAUGAGUCAUACAUAAAGACUGCUGGUGUUUUGUAUACAAUGGUAUUUAAUGUCCUUGGUAUGCCAGCAACACAUGUACCACUUGGACUUAACAGUGAGGGACUCCCAAUUGGCAUACAGGUGGUCGCAGCUCCACACCAAGACAGGCUGUGUAUUGCUGUAGCACAAGAAUUGUCAAAGGAAUUUGGUGGCUGGGUACCACCACCUGAAAGCAGUUGUUAACAUAGUAUUUCUGCACAUCACAAUGUAAUUAUAUUGUAAAUAAUUAUAUAUAAUCUCUGUGUGUGUGUGUGUGUGUGUGUGUGUGCGUGUGUGUGUGUGUGUGUGUGUGUGUGUGUGUGUGUGUGUGUGUGUUUGUUUUGCUGCACAUGUGCAUGUGUUUUUGUGCAAAUAAAAUAAUAAAAUGUGUAAAACACCAAAAUUAAAAAUUGUGUACCAUGUUUGCGUCAAUAAGUGUACUGUGGUUGUGUCAAUAAAAUAUGUUUAUUUAGA